AUGGAGGACCUUACAAGGAAUUACACCAAGCCAUGCAUCAUGGAUAUCAAGCAGAUGGGGCGCAAGACAUGGGUCAAAGAAGCCACCGCCACUUCAGGGCCAAAGACGCAACCACCACCACCUCGGGCACGCUGGGCUGUAGAGGUCAAAGACGCCACCACCACGAGUGGAACGCUGGGCUACAGGGUGGCGGGCAUGCAGGUACAAGACAGCAGCACUGGCGCCAUGUGGAGGGCUGACCGCAAGUUCGCCCAGCAAACCUCCUUCCACUUCUUCUCAGCCUCUAUCCUGUUGAUUUACGAGGCCAAUACUGCUGAACACGAGGGGGCAGAGGCAAAGGAAGAAGGGAAGGAGGCGGGAAGGGGUGCUGCCCACCCUCCCUCUCUGAGGCUGGUGGACUUUGCACAUGCCAUCGAUGCGCAAGGCAAGGUAGAUGAGAACUUUUUGCAAGCUAUAGAUGGGGUGAUGGCAGCGUGGAAAGGAGUGCUUGGAGAGUAG